ACCAACCCUCACUUUGCCCCCCACCACUUUUCAAUAAUCGCAAAGCGUAUUUCAGGUAAGAGACAAAGCAUAAGGCUGGGGCAGGCGCGGCUCAAGCGGGAGGGAAGGCUCGGCGGCCAAGAUGAUAUACGAGGAUUUGCGGGCGAUUCACGAAGAUGUGGAACGACUAGAGCAAGCAGUGGCAGAGCGCUCACUCGAUGAGCCCAAGCACAUCCGCAGUCGGCUGAUCCGCGACCAUGAAAUUUCCAAUUUCCUUAACCGUAUUCAGACCCAGUCGCAGCGCGCAAUCGAGAUCUACGGCGAUCCGCAAUCGCGAACACAAGAGAUUCAACAGCUUAGCACCGGCGACACAUAUGCCACCUUUUACGAUGAGCUGAACAAGAUCAAAGACUUCCACAAGCGAUACCCGAAUGAGCCUGUCGAGAACUUGGAGCGAGCGUACAAGAGACCAGAAGAUGGAGGGCCACCAGCAGGAUUUGCGGGCGAUAUUGACACCAUGUUCACUGGUGAAGAGGCGUUUGGACGAUUCUUUGACCUGACGAUGCUGCACGAGGAGUAUCUGAACUUGCCCGGUGUCAAGGGUGUGCGGAAGCUCACAUACCUGCAAUACCUGGAUAGCUUCGAUGCUUUUAGUCCUCCAAAAUGCAACAUCGUCCGAUCAGACAAGAUGACAGAUGUGUACUUCGCAUACGUGGGAUCGCUGGCACAAUAUCUGGAGUCCUUUUUGCGCCGGAUAAAGCCACUAGAGGAUCUCGAGAAGCUUUUCAAGGACUUCGAUCAAGAGUUUGAGAAAGAGUGGGAGGAAGAUAAGGUGCCAGGCUGGGAAGCAAGCAAAUCGCAGAUGAACGGCUCGGGAUCGAAUGGGCCAACCACCGAAGGCACAGGCGAGGGUGUAUGGUGUGCCGAUUGCCAAAAAGAGUUCAACAACAACAACGUCUAUCAGGCCCACUUGACGGGUAAGAAGCACAAGAAGAAUGCUGAGGCGCGGCAAAACAAGGCCGAGGACGGUGACGUGGAAAUGAGCAAUGGCUCUGCGAAGUCCAACCCGACGGCACGAGUCAAAGAACGCGCUGUUGCCGAGCGAGAACAUCGCAUCCGUAAGCUGGCUGGAACGAUGAAGACUGAGCGGGAAGACACACGCGUGAACGUGGAGCGGAAAGCAGGCAUGACGGACAAGGAGCGUCAGCAAGAGCUGGAGGCUUUGUACAGGGAGGAUGCUGAAGUUGCUGGCACUGCUGGCCAAGAAGAGGACGAGGAGGGCGAGGGUGGUGAAAAGAUCUACAAUCCGCUCAAGCUGCCUCUUGCAUGGGAUGGCAAGCCCAUUCCGUUCUGGCUCUACAAGCUUCAUGGUCUUGGUGUGGAAUUUCCCUGCGAAAUUUGCGGCAACUACGUUUACAUGGGACGACGCGCAUUCGACAAGCAUUUCUCAGAGGCACGCCAUAUCUAUGGCCUGCAGUGUCUGGGCAUUGAGAAGAACACUGGCCUCUUCCGCGAGAUCACCAAGAUUGAGGAAGCGACGAAACUGUGGGAGAAGCUCGAGCGCGACCGUAAGGCUGAGCUCGAUCGCAAAGGUGGUGACGAUGGAGAGGGUGUUGUCGAGAUGGAGGACACUGAGGGUAAUGUCAUGCCGAAGAAGGUCUACGACGAUCUGGCGAAAUCUGGUUUCCUGUGAGGAGGGAUGUGCUUACUCAAUGCACUUCUUCCUUGGUCGAAACACCGCCCUUGUCCCGCUUCGAAUGCCGCUUGCGUUAUGAGGAUGGCUUCCGCCGGUAUGUUACCAAUGGAGCACCUACACUUGCAAUUGCUGUGCUCGCUGCCUUUGGGUGCACUCCGCCUACGUCCUGCCAGCCACAUCGCCCAUUCCUGAGAUUGGAGUGCACCUCAUACCAACGAGUAUAGGUGUUGGGAGGACGUCGAAAUAGGCUUCACGAGUCACCCGAGACUGGACCUUGCAGCAGUGCAUGCCACAAUCAAAAUGAAAGGUGUCGAAUAGGUAGUAGCUUGUGAUUGCGCGUGCUCGGCCUGGUACAUUGCAACGAUCGUCCGCGCCACCUGCGUUACCACUUCCUUUGACCCUAACGCGAUCGCUGCCGAGAGCAUGUCCAACGCGUCUCUUUCACGCGCGUCAGACCACACACACCUUUCGUCGUACAACAUGACCGCAGCGGAUUGUUCCAAACGCCUCCAACGCCUCCAAGUAAUAUGUUGGUAAUUGAGCAGCUAAAUGCCUACCCUUUCGAAUCUC